CAACUCGAUUACUUGCGUUAGGGGUAAUUGUUUUGAGUGGUUUAGUAAAAUCAGCUAAUCGCGCUUUUUUUUGUCUCACAUUGAAUGUGAUGGUCCACAGCAUCACGUCAACAGUCCACUUUCACCCAAUAUGAUAUCAGACGAGGUCUAAGCGGCCGCCGUGUAUUUACUCGGGGGGUAACGCGCGGGGGGGCUUCUAACGUUGCGUUGCCAUGGUGAUUAUAUGUCAUAUAUGACUCAGGUUCAGGUUUGGGCGAAAAAAAAUCCACAAAUCCAAUGCAAAUGAAACGUUUACCCGGAUGAACGAGUGAUAAGUGUGUCAGCAGCGACGUCCUGCGAUCAGCACGAGAUUACAUGCAAAUAUUUCCUGCAAAAAUAAUACUGUAAUACUGUUCACUGACGUAUGCAAAUGUAUGUUCUUUUGCAUAGAUGGGGAAACAUGUUUCGAACAGUCGGACGUUUUGCGUUGAUAAUAUCCCGUUUAUGCUAAACUAACUUAUAACUAACUAACUAAAGUCAUUAAGUCAAUAUUGCAUCGAGUUUAUUGAUAUCAGGCGAGACUGGUUUAUUGCCUAAUAUGUAUAAUUGUUGCGUAUGAAAAAGCAUUUAUCCAGAUUUAGGUCCGAUAUAUCAUAUUCCACAUUAUACACAUUUAACCACAAUAAUCGGUUCUGUGACUGUUAAUUAUCCACACAAAUUAACCCCCUAUUUAUUGUUUUGAAUUAUUCAGCAAUCAAAAAGGGUACAGAGCCAAACAAUUUAAAAGCAUUCAAACAAAAUGCUGUUAAAAAAGAAGAAGAAAGGGUGUUGCCACGCAAGUUUAGUAACGAUUAAACUAUUUAUAUGUUUGAUACGUGAUUUAGCUCUAAAGUCACAGUAUUGUUUAGAAAAAUGUCAGUUCGUGAUUACAGAUGUGAAUAAAAUUGCAGUUUAAAAAGUUUUACAAGCUACAGGUCCAUUUAUUUGAUCACUCAAUGACAAACACAUGACUCACCGUGACUCUAUUUGCAUGUUAUUGGAUAAAGGGAAAGAACCGGGUCCUAUUCGGUGGCACGAUUAUGGGAAACCAAUGGUCAGACAUCGCCUCCUAGCGGUGACAAGACAAACCGCAGGCUACGUCCCUCUGAGGAUCCCACGACAACUCAACCGUGCCUUGAAUGGAUGGGGACUCUUUGGCUGUCAUUACAGGGAUCACGCAAGGAAUUUCACACAAAGUGACAAUUAUUAAUGAUUCGCUCCACAUGUUGCGGAUUCUAACAUUGCCUCUUUUCUGUCCUGUCAUUUGUUUAAGUGGAUUUCUAGGGAAACAGCAAGUCGGUCUUUAUCCCCCGCCUUCACACCCCACAGGAACCAAAGGGGACAGCGCUCCCUGCAGAGGCACCAGAUGUGCGCUGUUACGGCAGAGCCGGAGAGAGGGGCCUUUUGUGAGGCAUCAGAUAAGCCCUGUUCCCAAAGCAGGGCCGGAUCGGGUAUCAUCAGCGGGCGCAUGCGAGGGGGCGAAACCGGAGCCCCGCGCACUGAAUCGGGUUUCUGUUUACACGAGCCGUGGUCGCUGGAUUCCUCCAACCGGAGUGGACCGAGGACGGCUGGAGACAGGGAGGAGAGAGGAUCUGACGUCCUGACAUCUGUCUGUCUGUCAACCUGUCUGUGUCUCUGCAGGGGGUUCAGGGGACCAAGAAAAAAAAGUUCUGCAAAAGAUGCAAUCGAGCCACCGAAGCAUAUAUGAAUUCAAAUAUGAAUAUGCUUUUGAUAGAAAGGUGUAGCAGUGAAAUUGUGUUAUUACAUUAUAUUAAUUGCAUUUAACUUGCAACUUGAUCCCAUGUGUCAACACACAGCUGAGAAACAUAAUGGGCUGAUAUUAGUCAAACGUUGUCUCAUAUUUGAGACACCCCAGGGUGACAAAAUGGGCCAAAAAAGACAAUUCUUUUUUUUUUUCGAAUUGCAUUUUACUGUCUCCUACGGUCGCUGAUCAAACGGAUGCCAAUGGAGAAAGCCCCAACUAUUUAGCCAUGGUGCCAUUUAACCGACGGCGCUCUUUUCAUCUCUUUAUUUUAAGACAGGAGUAUUACAGACAGCAUUUGUACGGUGUCCCCCUCAGAUAAAGCACAGUCUUUGCAUUCCUCGUGAAAUGUAUCUGUUGAGAUGCGGGAGGGGUGGGCGCCAGGUGUUUGGUUACAUCAAAUCACAGGGCCCUCCCUCUCCCCAUCCAGAGGCGAGAGGGCAGCAGCAAGUUACACGGGAAGAGCACGGACCAUGCCGGAAAUUAGAUGCUUGACAGCGUUGGAGAAGAGAGAUUUGCGAUUGUUCGGCGGAGGCGACCCUAUCCCGGAGUGCACCCGCGUUCAGUUGACUCCAAUGGUGUGAAGCCCCAGAUGAGGGACUCGGGCGUCCGGGAAUGACAGCUGCUGUCACCGGGAGUGACAGCUUUCAUUCUGAGCCACUCCGCUGAGAAAACUCCUGCAGCCUGACAACCGACAGUGAUCCGGGUCGGAUCCAGCCCGACUCGGACUAUGCCAGAGAUGGAGAAAGGGAGACCACCGGAAAACAAACGCAGCAGGAAACCUGCGCACCCCGUGAAGAGGGAGAUCAACCAGGAGAUGAAGACGUUUGCAGAAAGCACCAUGAACGAGCUGCUGGGAUGGUACGGCUACGACAAGGUAGACCUCAGAGACUCUGAGGCCAACGAGAUCAGAAACUACAGAGAGAGACGUCAGCACGUGUCUGUGCUGAAAGAGAACUCAUUGCCAAAACACAAGAGCCUGGACACCAAAGUUGGUCACUCCGUCCUCGCCAUGAAAAGUGGAGAGAGAGAGUCCUCCAGCGUCCCCUCUUCGUCACCUUCUUCUUCCUCAACAAGUUCAUCCCUUAACACCUCUAAGGAGCAGAAGACUGCCCCCGUUAUUGUACCCCUUAUAAAGCCAUCUGCAGUGGAAGAUGUGCAGAAUGUGCAGAUAGUGUGCGUUUGGUGCCAGAAAGAAGGUGUAAAACGCUACUCUCUCUGUAUGGGUUCAGAGCUCAAGAGCUUCUGCAGCGAAAAGUGUUUUGCCGCCUGCAGACGGGCCUACUUCAAACGCAAUAAGGCAAGAGAUGAAGACCUCCACGGUGAGAGAUCUCCUCAGCACCCCCACACAGAAGACUCGCCCAGACUGGUGUUGAAGAUAAACAGCAACGUUAGAUCUCUCUCCCCUGUGCCACAGGUGUGCGAUUGGUGCAAGCAUGUUCGUCAUACUAAAGAAUACCUGGACUUCGGUUCGGGCGAGGAACGACUUCAAUUCUGCAGCACCAAGUGUCUGAAUCAGUACAAAAUGGAUGUUUUCUAUAGAGAAGCUCGUGCAGCUCUCACCAGCUCCAGCCCAAGCAGAAGCAGCCAGGACGGGAGGGCGGACAUCAUUGUGGCCGGGCAGAAGCUACUCACUCCUGAAUCUUGGAGCAGCAGUGCAGGAGAAGCACGUCAUCGAAACCUUUCCCCCAGGGGGCCUACGCCAAACCAUGGAUCGGCAGAGUCCAACUCCAUGUCCCCCUCAGAGACAUCCACUUCUAAUUCCAAAAACCCUAUCCCUGGGCUGAGGACCCUGGACAGACCCAUCCAGCCUCCUCCCCCUACUCGGGACGUGUCACCCCACCCUGCUCCGCUUCAUCCUCCGCCUCAUCCUCCACCUCAUCCUCCGCCUCAUCUUCCGCCUCAUCCUCAUAUCCCUUUGGAACACCAGCCGGUACCACAAAUCCACAUGCCCUUCAUCAGACCUCCUCUUCACGCUCAGAGCCUGAAAAGUCCUCUCGGCAACCCUCCCCGACAUCCAGGCCCCCCUUCGAGCCCUAUCCACAGACCUCCUCACUCUCCUCACCUGCAGCCCCCGACCUCUUCCAUGAAUCUCCCUGGGAUGAUGCAUCCCUUCCCAGGAGCCUACUUCCCUGGCUUCCACUCUCCUCUAAACAUGAUGCAAAGAGGUCCUGUCCCAAUGCCUCCCAUCAUGAACUACGGUAUUCCUUCCUUUAGUCCUCUCCUGCCCCAUCCCACUGUCCUGGUGCCGUAUCCUAUUAUUGUACCCCUACCUGUCCCUAUACCCAUUCCUAUCCCCUUUCCAUUCCCGUCUAAAGCAACCACAGAAACCCAAAGUCACAGUGGUGUUAUCCACCCUGUGCCAGAGGGGUUAGACAGCAGCAGAUCCAGGGUCGCAAGGCCGCCGACUCCAGGGAUCCCUGAAGGGGACAGCAGAUUGGUGACCAACCAAUUGGGUGGAAGCUUGCCUCAAUGUCUCCCCUCACAAUGUGAACCCACCCUUGAUUGGGUUAAAUCAGAAAGGCCAUUCCCAUCCCCAAUAUCCACACCCCAAAGUGGUGCAUCCUCCCCCAGAGCACAGUACAACAUAUCCCCCUGCUCAGCCUCCGGAUCAGAGGGGCUGACAGACUAUAAGCAGUCAGAAAGACAAGUUAUCCAAAGGGUUCUUCAAAGGACCCAAGUGAAGCCCAGUGCCAAUGGAGUGGUGGACCGAUCAGGGCUGGGAAAGUCAGAUACUGGCCAGAGUACCAGAUCAGGGCUCCACAAUAUCAUCCGAACCAACCUUACAUUACCACAGUCCCCUUCACAUGACACUGUCUACCACCACCAGGACUCCCACACACCACCUUCACACAACCCACCCAGCCCAAAGGGUAGCAUCCACCCAUUUGAUGCCACACCCUCUGCCCUGAAAUCACAGGACCACAGCCCAAAUGGGAUGUCCUCCUCACCCGCCCCUGCCAGUCCAGACUCUUCACUACCCCAGAGAGUACCUGCACCACCCAGUAACCCUGUGCUCAGUGAGUUGGAGGCCAUUAAAGAAAAUAAGUGCUCUGCCAUUGGCUCGCUGUGGGUUGAGGGCUCAGUUUGUCAGUCAGACGAGGCCUUACCUGUAGUGGGGGAGGUAUUAGAAGACCCCCAUGUUCCUGACGAGGACCAUGCCUAUGCUCUGCCCACAGCGCCAAAGACAAGUGGGACCACCACCCCGCUGCUCUUGCCCAAACUCAGAGACAAGGGUAGCAUGCGGAGUCCUGCUAAUAUGCCCGGUGCUGGGGACAUGGAGCCAGCUCUGAAGAGACGUUGCCUACGGAUCCGUGAUCAGAAUAAGUAGAGGACGGAGACGCCCUCUUUAACACUGUACGGCGGUCCAGAUUCAGUGCCACGCCCUCUUGUGGACAACGCCAGUGCUAACAAACUCUGGCCUGAUCCGCGGCCUGUCAGCCCACCAGAGUGUUGCUCUGCCUGUAGACCAGCAGGGUGCCAACCCAGGAAGUAGUCCAGAUGGCCACAUUACCGCCAGUCACCGUGGGGGAAGAACACAACACAGUCACACAUGUUGUCUUGGACCAAAGAGUAUUGCUGGCUUGUGUGUUGUGUUUUGUUCAGUGAGCAUUUGAGCAUCUCGUCUUCUCCCUGUCUGCCCUCAAGUGUGUGUGUGUGUGUAUUGUGUGGCUGCCCAGAUGCGCUCCUCCUCCUCUUCCUCCUCUUCCUCCUACUCCUUGCUCCACACAGCAGACAAGGCUCUGAUCAGCCUUGUGUGGUCUUCUCAGAUGGAGCCUGAACAUGAUCUCUUUCCAGGGGAAACGGUUUGUUUUCCCUGCCCGGCUUGCACAAAGAGCCACAUUGUUCCUCUCCCCAUAUCCCACGCUGAGUCCCCACUACAGGUUUUGGGUUACCUGGCCGACGGGGGCUCAGACUUCAGGAACUUUUUUUUUAUUUUUUUGACCCACAGCCAAGAAUAUGGUAUACUCUUCUCCACUUUGCCGCCCAAUCUAAAUACGGUACACUUUAACAUAGUUCUGAGGCUCGAUUCUUCACAACGGAUUGCCUGUGAUUCCCUUCUCUGCUCACCUUCUUCAAGGGAGGAAGGAAAUUCUGCUGAGGUUAAGACUUUGUCACAGAGCAGUUUAGACACUGAGCGAGACCGCUUGGGCUGUAGAGACAACUGAGCAGAAUAAGAUGCCCCCUCAAAGACAUAGUAACACUACAGAGAAUACAGGAGUGGACACCUACUGACAUGAGUGGGUCUGUGAAUGAUGACCUCGCCUUUCACCCGAUCUGCCAAAACUUUGAUAGAAAAUAUGAAUUGGAAUUACCUGCAGCGCCAAGUUUCAUGAAUGUUUAAAUCCCAAAGCAUUCAUGGCACAUUCAACCGAUUUUGUUUAUGUCACUUGUUCUGAUCCGGCAAUUCUUAAAAUCAGGCUGGUAAUAUUACCAAAUGUGGUAUUAUACUCAAGCGUAAAAUGCUGCAGUAUGCAGCUAUAAGUAUUAAAGUUCCCGCUGUUGGGGAUGACUGAUGAGAUUUGAUCCAGAUAGAUCAUUUCGAAGCUUUGUUAACACUUGUACCAUUGUAAAAUUUCAGUUUUUCACAUUGGGCUCUACACAGAUACUAUUUGAUGUUAUAUUAACUUAUGGAUGAUGCAUCUGUAGAUUUUUUAAAAAGCUCUAUAUUUCUUCAUGUUUUUUCUUGGAUGAUUGUAUUUUGUGGUUGCCGAAGCUCUUAAAUGCCCCUUGUCUUUAUGUAUGUAUACUGUAUCCCCACUAGAGAGCAGUGUUUGCCUUUGUAACUUUUGCACCUGCCCUUAUUUGAAAAGUAAGCACCAGAAGGCCCAUAGGCAGCCCGCUGGAAACAUUAUCAUGAGUACACAGAACAUAACGCUGCUCUCAGUGCCAGUUGCCUGACACCCAAUGCCAAGUAAAUAUCUUAUCCGCCACACAUUGCUGCCAUUAUUUUCCUUUCACCCACCUCUACAGCAGCGUCGAGAAGACCCAGAGUGCCCCUCAAAGUUCGACAGUCCCCGGCGAUAAGCCAUCAUGGCCCUACUCCUAGAAUAACUCCAAAUGUGACCCACCCCUGCCAUCAUUCCAAAACUUAGUUUGUGCGUAUGUAUGUGUGUGUGUGUGUGUGUGUGUGUGUGCGUGCAUAUGGCAGUGACACAUUUCUCCCCCCCACUCAUUCCAGCCUACAUCUUCACCACAGGUCAUGCCAUUACGUUAGUGUCAUCCUCGGCUGGCCAGGGGACUUUGGCAGCGAUGACAUCACUCCGUACAAAUAGCUGCGGUGUCAACCAGUGUUCCUCCACUCUGACGCCAGAGGCCAAAAAAGACGUUAUCAAAGACUGCCUUUGUUGGUCAUAUUGCACAUUUUAAUCAUUGCCAUUUCUGAGCUGAUACAGUAUGUGUGGUAAUCCAAAGUUUGGACAAAAAAAAAAUGUUAUUAUCGCCUGAGAAUCAUUGGUACUGUUUUGACUUGCCCUGUUAAACAUUUAGCCCACUGUCUGAAUAGAUUAUUCACAGAUUGUUCGUAUUUGAAUAUUGAUUCAGUAACCAAGAGCUUUGGUGGAGACCUCUAUGUAAAGUACAAUAAAUAAAAGUUAUUCUAAGAGCAAAAACA